UCUUUUUUUAUCUAUUGGCAACAUAUUUCAUACAAAACAUUUACUUAAGCGGAUUAAUUGAAAGCUGUUUUGAUGUUCGUUAUUAUCAAAGUUUAUGUGUUUGAGAUAAAUGAUAUUGGAAAUUAAAAAAAUUUAUUUAUCCCUUCGCAUUGUCGUUCACAUAUUGUACCUUUUAUGUUUUGAGAUUCAAAUAAAUGGUUCUAUAGGCAUUCUAAUCAAACUUAAAUAAAUGUAUGCAGAAUGUUUAUAUGACUUUUAAACAUGAUCCACGGGAGAGACUAUUAUCCACCCUGGAAGCUGAAAUUUUAUAAAUUCUGUGUAUAGCUAAUAGAUAUGAUUUUAUGAAUUUUCAAAGAUGUAUGACAGAAAAAUAGAAUAUCCAAUUGGCAGUUGUAUUGAGGAUUUUGAAAUCGUAUCUCAGAUUGGAAAAGGUGGAUUUGCUACAGUGUACAAGGCAAAGUGUUUGAACCCUGGAUUUGAUGACGUCUGUGUUGCUAUUAAAAAGAUGUGCAAAAAAUUCAUUGAACAAAAUAAACUACAGCGACGUAUUGAAGAUGAAAUCAGAAUACACUCUCAACUGGAUCAUUAUGCAAUUGUUAAGUUAUACACUUGGUUUCAAGAUGAUGAUUAUGUAUACCUGGUAAUGGAGCUUUGCGAGGGAGGCUCACUGAAAGAUAUCAUGAAAAGAAAAGGACCAUUCUCAGAAGAUAAUGCUCGAAAUAUUAUUGAACAAGUGAUAGAUGGAGUACGAUAUUUAAACCACAAAUUCAUUAUUCAUCGAGAUCUAUCAGACAAGAAUGUCCUUCUCACAGAUACAGAUAAUGUUAAAAUUAUAGAUUUUGGUAUGGCUGCACAGUUAAAAAAUCCAAAUGAAAAGAAACAUACUAUGUGUGGAACAGCAAAUUUCAUGGCUCCGGAAGUUGUGGCUGGAAAUUCCUAUGGAUUUAAAACUGACUAUUGGGGUAUUGGAUGUUUGUUAUAUACAAUACUAGUUGGUAAACCCCCAUUUGAUGGCAAAGGACAUGAGGAAAUCUUCACAAAUGUCUCAAAUUCAGACAUACAUUUUCCUGAGAGUAUCAGUAAUGAGGCUCAGGAACUAAUUUUAAAAUUGCUGGAGAAGAACAGUAAUAGCAGAGCAGAUUUAAAGGCUGCCCUUGAUCAUCCAUUUUUUAGAAAAUCAAAGAGUAGGCUUAUGAAUGCACAUACUAAGUUUUACUAUAGAAGUGGAGAUAGUGGAAUGGGAUCGAGUACAGUUUCCUUAACUGCAGGUGUCAAAUCAGGUAACAGAUCAUAUAAAACUGUGGACAGUGGUUUAGGUUAUUUGCAGGCUGGAAUACAAGAAGAAAACUAUAAGAUAAGACGAAGUGCAUCUUCUGAGAUAUCCCGGUUAGAAACAAAUCAAUCACCUGUUUGUUAUUAUCAUAGCAGUAGAAGUUUAUCAAAAUAUGGGAUUGAAGUUAAUAAUUGUACUACAGGCUUAAAGAAGCUAAGAUCAGAGUCACCUUCCUCCGCAUUAAGGGACUGCAAAGAUAAAGCUGGCUGUGUUAAGCUACUAAAACACAAAAUUCCAACUCUGCCAUCUCGUAAGGAUAAUUUCUGUGAAAUUACUGUAUCUGAAAAAUUUCCAGCUAAUUGUAAGAGACAAGAGCAUAGUGCAUCAGAAGAAAGGAGAAAAUUCAUGCAUCACAAUUCUCAUUCUGCUCGAACAAAUGUACAUCCAAUUUCAAACAGAAAUAGAUAUAGUACAGAUCUUGAAAGAAAUGAUGAAUAUCAGCACCACCUUCAAACCAACUCUAAAGAUCCUUGUUGUAAUGGCUGCAAUAAUUGCCGGGAUGCAGUUUUUCAAGGUUCAUGCAGAAGAUUGAACCAUGUUACUACUAUUGAACAUGAUUGCCAUGAAUUCCAACCACCAAACCUUACAUCUUGUAGCCAUGAUAAGCACUGCUAUUCUGAAAGCAUUUCGUGUUCUCAUGAAAAAUUUUGUCUAUGCCAAAAAAUCUCUUCUCUGCCACUUAAGUGUAAAUCUGAAUCUAACAAUCUGCAAAGCAAUUACUGUUAUAGAGAAAUGGAUACUCCAAACAGCAAAACAUUAAAUCAGCUUGUUGAUCCUCUCAAUAGUGUACGACUUAAACCAAAAAGGAUCCUGAAAAAGAAUACUGUUAUAUCUAUUUUAGAUAAUGGUGAAGUGUGCUUGGAAUUUCUGAAGGUCAAAAAAGAUAAAAAAUAUGUUACUCAAGUUUUUGCUAUAUCUUCUGAUGGAAUGUCUAUUUAUUUGUACAAAGUGAAAUCUGGCUUCCUUUUAUCUGAUAAGCCACCUCCUAAGCCUCGAAAACUUCAUCAAAUUCAGCAUUUCAGUCAUGAUAAUUUGCCUGAAAUUCAUUGGAAGAAAUAUCUUUAUGCUUCAAAAUUUAUCAACUUCGUUAGAGCACAGGUGCCAAAAAUUACUUUAUAUGGGAAGCUUGCCAAAUGCAUCAUGAUGGAAAAUAGCCCAGAUCCUGAUUAUGAAAUGCUUUUCUAUGAUGGUGAAAAAAUAGUUAAAAUUUCCGAUAAAUUUACCAUUACUGAAAGAAGUGGUAGAAAUUACACUUUCACAUCUCCUGAAGAUUUAAGCAAAGAAUAUGAGCAUAUAUGGAAUGAAUUUGUUAAAAUGAAAGAAAAAUGUGAAAUAUUAGAGAAACAUUUGGAGUGUCUGAAUAAUAGUAGCAACUGGGCUGAUCAACCACUGUUUCCUGUAGUUAUCGGAAAACGACCUACAGCUUUAACUGAUUUGAAAAAUGGCAAAGAAAAUGAUACUCCUCGAUCUUCAAGGUCAUUCACUUUAAGUGGACUUACACAGAAUAUGAUUUCUUAUGAUCAAACUAUUGAUACUGACUAUAGCCCAUAUAGUAAUUCCUCACAAAAAUAUGUUUCAAAGCUACAAAAUACUUCUUCAGAUAAGAUCUGUGGGCUGCAAAAUAUUAAAGAAAUACUUGCAAAGUUAAAGGAGUCACCUAAGAUUAAGAAUGAUAAAGUUUUUGUUGAAUAUAAAGAUGGUGUUCAGAUGUGGAGUUCAAAAGAUGGGACAAAUGUAGAAUUCUUUGAUUUCAAUAAGGGAUGGAAAUGCAGUUCUAAGGAAGCAAAAUAUAAUUCUGAACUUAAGAAAAGGAUCCAGAAUGAUCUGGCUGAAAUAUUAUGUUUUAUGGCAUCAAAAGAUAGCAAAUGAUUCGGUGACAAACUGUCAGUAUUUUAAUUUUUUAGGAAUUAUAAAUUUCGGUGAGUAGUAUUGUUUGGAGCAAAUAAAAAUGGCUUUUCUAUAGUAAAUCUGCUUGAAUAAUAAUCUUGCAGAUUAAAAUUGUAUUACUUUAACCAGAAGUAUUUAUAUGAAGAAAUGGCUUCCUCACUUUAUUAAAAUGGAAUACAGUUACACUCCUCACAUUAAGAAAAAAGUUUGAUACAAAUAUGGAGACUAUGAAAAUUGAAAGAAAUUUUGUAAUCUAAAAAUUUAGAGAUUUGUAAAUAAAUCAAGUUAUUUUUAAUAGACUUUUACAUCUAUGAUUAUAACAGACAGAUAAAUUGUUUUACUAUGCUU